CACCCAAGGAAAGUAAUCAAAGUCUGAAAAUUCAACCCUACGCUCUUCUCUAAUCUCUACCCUCUCAGCCCUUUUAUACUCUGUUUGAAUCUCCGCCAGUUCUCUGUAAAAGGGUAAAGCUGAAGAUACCAUGUCGAAAACGAGAUAUGGUGGUAAGCCUCCGCUUGCUAAAUCGCCUAUCCGCCUACGACCUCGUCGCGUCCUCGGUUCAAACUCAACCUCCCUGCAGACCCCGUCAGGUUCUUUGACGAAAUCCCAGAAGCCGGUUCGUGCUUGGAGCAGUGAAGAAUCUGAGAUUCGACCUGAAUAUUUGUCCAUUUCUAGCGAGUUACGUGCUCUGGCUAGGAUGGUUAAAUGUGAAAUUGGAAACGGGGGAGCGGAGAACACUGGCUUUAGCGAGACUAGUCUCGGCGCAAACUCGACUACUCUGUUCGAGAGAGGCAGGUUCUACGAGGAGUACUCGGCGAGGAGAAACGAGAGGUUGAAGAGAAGGAGAGGCGAAACAGGGACAGAGUCGAAGAGUGGGAAGCAUCUUGGACUUGGAGUUGCCAUUGAAUCUUCAAAGAGAAUACAGUCGAAGAAGCUCGAGAGCUUGAGGAAGUCGGUGUCUGCUGCUUAUUCCGUGGAGAGGAAUGAGAUUCAGACUCCCAGGUAUUCUCUCCGAAGCAUGAGCAAGACCAAAGAUGAUAAUAAUAAGAAGCCUCCUCUUGCUGUCAAUAAUUACCACUCCUCGGUGUCUGUGAUUGGAACUGCAAGCAAAACUACGGCUAUACGAGUUGCUAGAAGGGUCUGAAAAUUGGAAAUUGGAUUUUAAUUAGGCUUUUUUAAGAAAUUUGGCGCAUCCAUUUAGAU